GACUACAGGGUCGCGAUGUAUGUAUUCUCGUCCAGCGGACUCGAGUCGAGCGCAGUAGCGCGAGGAGAGAGCCCCGCAGCACACCGCCGAUCUCUCCACCCUAACUUCCCAACAUGUCGGACGACGAGGAACAAUACUCCAGCGAAGAGGAGGUUGAAGAAGUGUAAGCAACCGGAGAAGAAGAUCGAGGGUAGGGCGUCCCAAAAGGAAUCCGGUGAAAAUGUCGAGUUCGUGAAGAGACAGGAACAAAAACGUAGCGACCUCGACGAACAGCUCAAGGAGUACAUUUCGGAAUGGAGAAAACAGAGGGCAAAGGAGGAGGAAGAGCUCAAAGUGCUGAAGGAGAAGCAAGCGAAACGCAAGGUCUCGCGUGCCGAGGAAGAAAAGCGCCUGGCACAAAAGAAGAAGGAGGAGGAGGAGCGCCGCCAACGUGAGAUCGAGGAGAAGAAACAGCGCGACAUCGAGGAGAAGAGACGGCGCCUCGAGGAGUCCGAGAAGAAACGCCAGGCCAUGAUGCAGGCGAUGAAGGACCAGGCGAGCAAGAAAGGACCCAACUUCACCAUCACGAAAGGAAAGGACAUCGGUGGCGGACCCAUCUCGUCGGCACAGCUCGAACGUAACAAGACGAAAGAGCAGCUCGAGGAGGAGAAGAAAAUUUCUCUGAGCAUCCGCAUCAAGCCCCUGGAGAUCGAAGGCUUUGGAAUUGAUAAGCUACGCAACAAAGCCACCGAACUGUGGGAAGCUAUUGUCAAGCUGGAGACGGAAAAAUACGACCUCGAGGAGCGCCAAAAGCGUCAGGACUACGACCUUAAAGAGUUGAAAGAACGUCAAAAGCAACAGUUGAGGCACAAAGCCCUGAAAAAGGGUCUGGACCCUGAAGCCCUUACGGGCAAAUACCCCCCCAAAAUCCAGGUAGCCUCCAAAUACGAGCGUCGCGUGGACACCAGGUCCUACGAUGACAAGAAGAAGCUGUUCGAAGGCGGCUAUAAUACGCUUUACGCGGAAUACCAUGAGAAACUUUGGAAACAGAGAAUGGAACAGUUCAUGAAACGCACCAAAACGAAGCUGCCCAAGUGGUUCGGUGAGAGGCCAGGCAAGAAGGCCGGAGACCCAGAAUCGCCCGAAGGUGAGGAAGACGUGAAGGCUGCCGCCGAUGACGACCUCGAAGAGCCUCAGUUCGACGAAGAGGAAGAGGAAGAGGAGGCUAGCGAGAAGGAGGAAGGCGAGGCCGGUGAAGAGGAAGAGGAGGAAGAGGAGGAGGAAGAGGAAGAGGAGGAGGAGGAGGAAGAGGAGGAGGAGGAAGAAGAAGAAGAAGAAGAGUAAAAAGUACUUUUUCUCUUCGACAAUUCUUCGUUUACUCUUGCGAAUCAACUGGCCUUCUAAUCUUAUUACUCCUCUUUCGAAUUUACCACCGGCCAAUAUGAGAGAGAGAGAAAAAAAGAGAGAGAGAGAGAGAGAGAGAGAGAGAAAGAGAGAGGGAGAAAAAUAAAAUCGAUCCAUACACGGCACACUACGUGGCGACGUGCGUGCAACAAUAUUACUUUAAUUUAUAUUAUAUACAUAUAUAUUAUUUAAAAUAAAAAAUAUUCACCAACUCAUUUAUCACGGACCAAGCAGUUUUUGUUUUCUUUUUUUUUAAAGGACCAUUACUGUCCUUCUGUUAAAUGUUGCUCAUAUCAUCUGUUAUUCCCGUCAAUCAGAGUAACUGUGUCACGUCUAGUAAAGUACAGAACAUUACGUGUUGUAGGCUUUCGACGAUUUAUGUUGGUAUUUUAAAUUUCGUAUAUAUUAUGAUCUAUGGCCAAUAUUUUACAUUUACCGCUAGAACAUUAUUGUUUUUUUUUCUUUUUUUUUAAUCUACAACUGGCUGAAAUGAUUAGCCUGCCAAUAAGCGCUGUUAUCUGAAAUUGACAUGUCUCUCGCUUAAUGAUAUUGUAAACAUAAAGCUAAGCUCGUUGUGAGCAAAAAAAAAAUCAAGACCUCGGUGUGCCUCAAAUUAUUU